UACUGUUACAUGCGGUUAGGUUAUUGUGAUUAUGUCUUUAUGCCUUGCGUUUGUAUCAGGGUUUGUAUUUACUUUAGCUUAUUUUUAUUUUGCAUACGUUGCGUUCGUAUUUGCAUCUGUCUUGCCUUAAUGUUGUAUUGCGUUCUUGGACUUUUUUACUUGCUAUAUGCGUUUAUUAAGUUUAAGUUACAUGCGUUUAAUUAAUUUUAUUAGGCUGUAUCUUUAUUCUUUGUGUGCAAUUGAAUUUAAUAUUUUUAUUCUUUGUGUGCAAUGGAAUUUAUUUGUCUUUUUUAACGACUUUAAUCAGAAUAUUUGGUUGGCAUAAUGCCUUUUUUCUUUAUCCUGCUUUCACUCGAUUUUGAACUUUUCGGUUCUGGAGUUUGCGAUUUGGAUUAUUAUAUUGCUUAUUUGAUUAUUUACGUUCAUUGUUAUCCUGCUUGUGAUCUUUUGUGACACUAGAGGGUAAUUUCCCGUUCAUUGAAUAAAUUAAAAAUUAAAAAUUAAAUUAAAAUAAUUUUAAAAUAGGCCUAAAAGUCGAUACUUUCGACUAAGCUUUGAUUCGCGUAGGAAGAGUACAGAAAUAGUAGUGGAAAUAGUAAGCGUAUCAGAUACAAUAUCGCUCAUCCUCUACAAUAUCCUACAUCCUCCUAUACAAGUGGUCAAAGUGCACGAUCGGAAGAGGGUUGAAAGCAGCGCGCAGCAGGGCAGUCCGAGCGCAGAGAAUCGUCGCAGAAGCUCGGGGCGCUCGCCGCGAGCGAGCUCGUGGAACAGAGACGAGUCGAUGUGGGUUGGCGGAAAGGACAAGGACGAUUCGAUGGCGAUGGCCGGUGGUGGUGGUGGUGGUGGUGGUGGUGGCUGAACCAGCGCGAAGACUGCAACGGAGAACAGUCCGACGAAAGCCGCGGUGGCGCGCGCGCGGCUCGCGCCACUUUUGUCGUUCAGCCGAAGACACGUGAAUGCAACCACGUGGUCCAGUGCGUGACACGAGAGCUGGAGCUACUCGCGAGUACUCCCAGGUGCUUCGUAGACAGUGACAAGUUUUCGCGAGCACGACGGGACUCUAGGGUUCCGCAAUCCGCAACACACACCGUGGACACGAGAACAACCGUCAACCUGGAGCCCACGUGCCAAAAACGACGGAAAUGUGAGGCCGAUGGGAAGGAGGCGAAGGCGGAGCUGACGGCGCAACGCAAUAUGUUCCCUAGCGCUCAAAUUAAAAUGAGAUUGUUGUCGCCAAGCAGUUCGCCGGCCACCUCGCCCACGAUGUCGAAUUCCUCGUCGCCAACACCACCGACGCCGGCGGCCCCGGCUUACAACCAGAAGAUGACCGGUAUUCCUUGUGUAGCAGCCGCUUCGAGGUACACCGCACCGGUCCACAUCGACGUCGGCGGCACGAUAUACACAUCCUCUCUCGAGACUCUAACGAAGUAUCCGGAAUCCAGGCUAGCGAAAUUAUUUAAUGGCAGCAUACCCAUCGUUUUGGACUCGCUGAAACAACAUUACUUCAUCGAUAGAGACGGUGGAAUGUUUCGGCACAUACUGAACUUUAUGCGAAAUUCCCGGCUACUGAUACCCGACAACUUCUCCGACCUAGAUCUACUGUUAGAGGAAGCACGAUACUUCGACAUUGCACCAAUGUGCAGGCAACUGGAACAGAUGAAGAAAGAGCGUAUAAAGAACGGCUCGACGAUGACGAUGACCACGUCCUCGCCGAGUCCUCCGCCUUCCGGUCAGCUCGGCGGCCGUGGUACCGCUUGCACCACCGCGCCCUGUAAUCGCGAUCCCGAGAAGAUGCGCGGCAGCGAUGGCAAUUGCAACUACGAGUGCGUGGCAUUACACGUGAGCCCCGAUCUGGGCGAGCGGGUGAUGCUAUCGGGUGGACGGGCGUUGCUGGACGAGGUGUUUCCGGAAACAACGCAGGCGGUAAUCGACGCGCGGUCCGGCGUCGCAUGGCACCAGCAGGACGCCCGUCACGUCAUCCGGUUUCCGCUGAACGGCUACUGCAAACUGAACUCGGUCCAAGCGAUCACCAGAUUGUUGAACGCCGGCUUCCGGGUGGUCGCGAGCAACGGCGGCGGCGUCGAGGGUCAACAGUUCUCGGAGUACCUGUUCGUCAGGCAGGCCGUCAACACCUGACGGAGCACGGCGCAUCAGCGCAAAACGAUCUCCAGGUCGAUCCGCUCCCUGCAGCGCGAUUACGACCUCGAGUGAGUGCAACUGUCAAGGAGAAUACUGCAAGACUGCAUCGCUGAUAAUACAGUUAUUCUGAUAGAGCACGAGGCAUCUCGAUACAGGGACGAGAAGCCGAGCAGCCGUAACCGCAGUUUCAUGAUGCGUACAGCGAUAUACCACGCCUCCGUACGAAGCAUACGUUCAUGUUUUCAGACCUCUUGCAUUACGAAGAAGCAAGAAAACUUUGGCAAAACGCGUACAACUAGGUUUUCAACCCAAUCUAUAUCGAUUUGGGUUCAUUUCGCGAAAUAAACAGCUUUACUGACAAUGAUCUCACAUAGUCUCUGAGUGUUGUCAUAGGAAACAUUUUAUUAGCCACUUUAAUCGCUAAAAUUAUUCACGUGUGUGUACAUGAUGAUUAUAAUUAUAUAAUAUUAGUCGAAAUUAAUCUUGUAAAUUUAUUUAUGAUAAAUUGUGCAUCCUUUUUUUUGAAGAAUCGUGUUCAAGUACACGAUACCUACCUGCAGUUACGAUUGUAAGGCGUUAUAUUGACCAUUUAUAUGUGACUUAAAUAGAUCAUUGCCGAUCGCACUGGAAUUUGUAUAAAUCAUAGUCGGUUUUUUAUUUCCCGAAAAGUAAUAAUAAUAGGAAAGGCAUUGUUUGACUGGCUAGACGAUGGCAAUGGUUGCACGUUGAGUCUCAUAUAAAAAGUGAGAACAGAACAGCGUAUUGCGAGCCUAAUGACGGCAACGAUGUAUCGUGUGAUCCGCAGGAAAGCCUGAACUAUAUACAUUACUUCAUGUCCUUUUUCGUUCAUUGGAAAAAUGCACAUUUACAGUAAGAGGCACUACUAUAACACAGUUUUACAAAACUGAAUCAACAAUAUGUCAUAUUGUCUUUUGCACGCUUUUAACGCUAUUAGGGAUGGAGCGCGCAAUUGUAAGCAUCGUUGUCCAUUCCUCGUUUUACGAUCUGCGACUUGCGUUUGAGGGAAUAUCAGAUGCGCCGAUUUUUAAUACUGUUAUUAUUUAAUAAAGUGUAUCUAUAUAUAUGUAUUUAAAUGCCAUACUAAUUACUGUAAAUACCGCGAAUAAACAUGUAUAUGUAUAUACACACACACACAUAUCUAUAUAUAUAUAAAUAUAGUAUAUACACAAAUAUAAUAUAAAUGUAGUAUAUAUAUAAAUAUGAAUAUAUAGAUAAAAUAUAUCAACUUUAAAUCACCAUGCAUCAUCUAAACGGCUGACAACGAAGCGACAUAUGCUAAUAUAUUAGCAUAUCGCAGAUAUUAAUUGCUAAUACUAUCAAUCUAAAUUGUUAAUUUGAUUUAUUCCAAUUCAAAGACAAAACUAGAGAGAGAGAAAAAUAACAUUUUGAUUGAUUAUUAAACAUUAGGAAAUCAAUUAAUGACUAAUAAAUCUUAUAAAAUUGCGUUUUAUUUAAUAAAGUUUGUUUUAAUCUAUGUUUCAAGAAAAAAAUAAAAAUUUCUUCCUAAUUUUGUUCACAUGCAUCAAUUGUUUUAACGUAUAAAAUAAAAUUAAUAAAAUGCAUAUUUUAAUUCUAUUUCUUAUAACAAUCAUGCCAUAGUUUAAUUAUUAUUAUUAGAUCUAACAAGAGACAAGUCGUAGAUAUAUUGUUAACUAUCCGAUAUAGAUUUCUCUCCAGGAAAUCGACAAUAGCUUUUCGCUAUCUGGAAACCUGCAAAAAAUAUAGACCGCGGAAUUUUUGUCGCUUGCAAUCAAUGCUCGAUUGCUAUGGACGCCUGAAGCAAAGGAACUUUAUCUCGCAACUAUAAUAAAAUUAUUAAGUGCACAAAAUUGUGAUGAUUAUGAGAAAAUCUGUGCUAAAAUAAUGGGAUUUUCUUUAUUUGUUGUAAUUUAACUUUUGCGGCACUGAGUAACAAGAAGAGAAAACAAUUUGAAUUAUUAUCUCGAUCAGUUCUUGAUACCGGCCGUAUGCAAGAACAAAAUGCGCGCUCGAGAAGCGAGGUAAGAGAGCUCAUUGGGACCGCGUUGAUCAUGUAUAUAUAACCGCAGGAAUAAGGGAUAAAGCGCACAAACGUCGUGCCUUCAGGCCCCGUCUCCAUAGUUACCACGAACUCAAUAUCCGCGUUGCCUGAGGGUUUCACCAGCCCGGGGCUGUCAUCCCUCGAAUCCACCCAGUGAAACGCUCUUCCCUCUCUUUCUCUCCCUCUCUCCUUCUCUCUCUUUAUCUCCCUUGCUCUGCAUCCUUUCCCUUUUCUCUCCCGUUUCGUUUCCUUCUCUUUCUUUCUCUCACGAAAGUGAACGAAAGUUCUCUCUCUCUCUCGCUGCCAACAUACUGAUUAUAUUCCAUUUCUGGAUCGCCCUGGCCACCUUGAUGCUUGGUCCUUCGAUACAGGACACGAAGCGGAAUCGCCAUCGGCUACGCGGAAGACAGGCAUGAAAUUCGAGGAUAUCCUCGGACAAAAUCCCACCGUCAUUGUCCAUGUCUGAAAAAUCGAGGUCGAGGCUGAUAUUUUACGAUAUCCCACAUUUUAUUUCGUGCGCUUUCUGUCUUUCAUUUCUCCGUUCCGUAGAAAAUCACAAAAAAUGAUUCGAUGUCAUAUUAUAUUACAUAAAACAUCAAUAAAGUCUAUUUCAUUUUUUAAACAAAAC